CUCCCUCGACCUCCCGGAGUGCCCCAUCUGAUUGAGCUCAGCUCCGGUGUUGCUCGCAUUGUCUUCACUCCCAGUCCAUACCUGACGGUCCGAUCGUUCGUUGACACUGCUUCCCCAAACAAGACCUCUUUGCCCAAUGCCGUGGUUACUCAUUAUCUGGUCUCUUGGGCUCCAACCGAGGAACUUAAUGGUCAACAAGGCUUGCAACCUGCAGACUUGUCCUCAACUAAUUGGCCCAUUUUGGGGCGGCUGAUGCGCUCUGGUAGGCGCUUCAGGUCGCUGGUGCUUCCCUCUCCACCUUCGCCGAAUGUGCUGCUUGGCAUGACUUCCCAACUUGGUCCCGAUCAGUUGGCCUUCGGUUCGGUUGGAGCAUCUUUGGUAAGACCUACUUGCCUCAUGUCAUUUGCCAUCUCUGCUUGCUCUUCUAAUUUCACUUCCUCACAAAGUCUAGUCACUUUGCGGCUAGAGCAGUUGUCAAUGCCUAAAUAUGUGCCUAAACGUGUACCUCAACUAGCCAUCCAGCUCACACGCCUCAAGUUCACCAAUUUUGAAGGACGUUUGGUGUGGGUCAAAACUGAAACCACGUCAGCCGUUUGCAUGGAAUGCGCCCUCGACUGUAAAUACAUGUGA